AUGGCAGCCCAUACUCAAGACAACACUCAUAUUCACACUCUUCACACCCGCUCCUCUGCCAUAGACGUCGACCCGAGUUUGGUGCCAUUAUUUGUCUCCUCAAUUAACACUGCGAAGUACUUUGAAGUCGCCAUCUUGACUGUAUUGGUCUAUAACUCUCUCAUAACUACCGCCAAGGAGGCAAAGUACUUUUGGAAGCCAAAGAGCCCCAUAAGUCUUGUUUAUUUCACAAUUGCACGUAUCAGACUCGAGGACGUUAGCCCCUUCGUUUCAUAUCUUCUGAAUGCGGCUGGAAGUCCUGCGCUUUUGUGCGUCCUCGGAAGCCACCUCCUAAUCAAUCUAAAGGAGGCAGGCGAGAUGGGAGUGAACGAAGGCACCAACUACAGGUCUAGGGUUGUAAGCAACAUCGAAUUCACCAAAUGUCGAGGACUCGAAAUCCAAGGACAGGAGAGACACGGAGAACCGUCUCCUGACACUCAAACUGAGUUACCAGUUCGAUUGCACAUUGAUUUUGGGGCGCCAAUGGCAAUAGAUGAGAUGGGAAGUUCGGGAUGGGAACUCGGACCGAAGUUGCGGGGAACGGUCACGUGCAUUGGACUGACUCUUGGAAUUCAAUGA